AUGGACGCCGACCUCAUUAAGCUCGUGAACAAGCUUCAAGAUACCUUCGCUAACCUCGGAGGGGAACUGGACAUGCCCCAGUUGGCUGUGGUGGGCAGCCAAUCUGCGGGGAAGUCUAGCGUUCUCGAAACAAUUGUCGGCCGAGACUUCCUUCCUCGCGGACAGGGCAUUGUGACCCGCCGGCCACUCGUCCUGCAGCUAAUCCACACGCCUCUGCAUGAACAAACAACAGGUUCGCUGCCUCCAUCAUACACGGAAUGGGGCCAGUUCCUGCACGUCGACAAGAGGUUCACGGACUUCAACGAGAUCCGCCGGGAGAUCGAGCAGGAAACCUUCAGGGUAGCCGGGCAGAACAAGGGUAUCAGCAAGCUUCCGAUACAUCUCCGGAUAUACAGCCCGAAUGUUCUCGACCUUACACUCGUGGACCUUCCAGGGUUGACAAAGAUCCCUGUGGGCGACCAACCGAGCGACAUUGAACGACAGAUUCGGAGUCUCGUUUUAGACUACAUUUCGAAACCGAAUUGCGUGAUUCUAUCCGUGUCUGCAGCGAAUGUGGACCUGGCGAACUCGGAGUCGCUCAAGCUCGCGCGAUCUGUGGACCCACAAGGCCGACGCACGAUCGGUGUGCUCACGAAGUUGGACCUGAUGGACGCGGGGACGAACGCGCUGGACAUCCUGACGGGGCGCAUAUACCCACUGAAGCUGGGGUUCAUCGGUGUGGUGAACCGGAGCCAGCAGGAUAUCAACGCGGAGAAGAACAUGAAGGAUGCGCUUGACAGCGAGACGGAGUUUUUGGUGAAUCACCCGUCGUACAGAAACAUCGCUCACAAAAAUGGGACGCGGUAUCUAGCGAAGACGCUGAACCAGGUGCUCAUGAACCACAUACGAGACAAGCUACCGGAUAUGAAAGCGCGGUUAAACACGCUGAUGGGCCAAGCGCAGCAGGAAUUAAACUCGUUUGGUGACUCGGCGGUGUAUGGCGAUACUAACCAACAAGGAGCGCUCGUGCUGCGUCUGAUGACUCAGUUCGCCCGAGAUUUCGUCGCGUCGAUCGAUGGAACGAGCGUCGACAUCUCGACGAAGGAGCUUUCUGGCGGCGCGAGGAUAUACUACAUCUUCAACGACGUGUUCGGAGCUGCCCUUGGGUCGAUCGAUGCGACACAAAACUUGGACAACCAGGAUAUCCGCACGGCGAUUCGAAACUCAACAGGCCCGAGACCGAGCCUGUUCGUUCCAGAAAUCGCGUUUGACCUCCUUGUGAAGCCUCAGAUCAAGUUGCUGGAAGCACCAAGUUUACGCUGCGUGGAGCUGGUGUACGAGGAGUUAGUGAAAAUCUGUCAUAACUGCACGAGCUCGGAACUCCAACGAUUCCCUACAUUGCAUGCACAAUUAGUGGAGGUGGUUUCGGAACUGUUGCGCGAACGGUUAGGACCGGCUACCGAAUACACGCAAAGCCUGAUUGACAUUCAGACCGCCUACAUCAACACGAACCAUCCGGCGUUCAUCUCCGGAUCUGCAGUGACGACACAAGCUGCGUCAAGUCCUGCUCCAGCAAAACAAAUUCCGCCACGUCCUUCUUCAGUCGAAUUGGUGAACGGGAACACUGCACCAGAUGAAGAAGAAUCGUCGACAGACGAAUCCAGCGGCGUCAACGGAGCCCACCCUCGUGAUGCGCGUUCGGUAUCUUCCACUGUUCACGACCGUGCGCGAACAACGGCGGCAACAGUCUCUGUCACUACUGCACCACGCCGUCCAUCCUCCCCUGCACCGAAGGGACACCAUCACCAUACGCUGCGACAUUCGUCUGGCACUCAGAACGGGGUUCCAAGAACGUCAACUCAGUCUGGCACUACGAAGGAAACGUUCUUAAAUUACUUCUUCGGGCAGAACGGCCCUGGACCGCUGGCCGGCUCCAGCAUUGAACGUUCAAGCACAGGGACAGGCAUCUCUCCUGUAGGGCGUGACGUUUCCGGCGGAGAAGCCAUCCUGGAGACAGGGUUGAUGGCAGGAAAACGGUCAUUGGAGGGAAACAAUGCGGCAUUCGAUAUGAAGAGCCUCGGCAGACACAUCGAAGCUGCUUAUGACGGCAGCAGCGUACACCUGAGCAUGCAUGAAGAGAUGGAGGCGAACCUCAUCCGUGCAUUGAUUGCAUCAUAUUUCAGCAUUGUCCGCCAGACAAUUCAGGAUCUGGUGCCGAAGGCCAUCAUGCACCUGCUCGUGAACAACACGUCGCAACAAGUGCAAAACCGUCUCGUGGCAUCUUUAUACAAACCGGAUCUAUUUGCAGAGCUUCUGAAUGAGGAUGAGGCAUUAGUGGCUGAGCGGACACGGGUCAAGGCGCUCCUGGAUGCAUACAAGGAGGCAUUCAAGACUCUCUCUGAGGUGACUCUAAAAUCUUCGUAG